UCGACGUACCACCUCUAGCACCAUGUCCAACAUGCUGAAGGCGUCCACUCUGUCCAAGGUUCUUGCCCAGGCCCGUUCGCAGGUCUCCGAGUUUACCGGCAUUGUGGCAUCCAUGGUGUUUACGAAUGAUGGGUCGUUGUUGGCAUCGGCAGGGAGCCCGAGGGAGUCCAAGCUGGUGGCGGCCAUUGCGGCCAACAUCUGGGAGGCGUACGAGAACAAUGGGCCGAGGCAGGAUGCGUUGGGUAUGCUCAUCACUCAGUGUCUGGAGGGUUACGUCCUUACUGCUCGCAUCAAUCCCGAUCUUCUUCUCUGCCUCUAUUGCAAGAACGACGUCGAUGUUGGCGUUCUCAAGGCAAAGGGCGAUGUCAUGGUCGACUACCUCGUCGAUCCGCUCUCCACCAUUGUCGUCGGCGCAGAGUCGGCCCAGUAGUCGCCAGCCUGCAGCAUCUGUCCUCUGUGCUCAAUCGACCUUCUCUCCCCCCCAUCCCCCCCUCUCUCCCCGCAUCGUCUUGCUCGUUGCGGACUCUGCAAGUGCAUGCCUCUUUCCUCCCGCCCGCUCCACCUGCGGCGCAUCGCGCUGGAUGCGUCUCGGGCCAUGGACCAUGCGUGCCCACCCCACGCCCUGCUGUCGCUGAGUAAAGCCAUCCCACCCCUC